AGGAGCGUGCCUGCAACCGCGGGGGGCAUCGGGAUUGAUAGGGAUGUUUCCAUCAUGGCGGCAUCCAUUUCAGGUUAUACUUUUAGUUCUGUGUGUUAUCACAGCGCCAACAGCAACUCAGAUCAUGAGGGCUUCCUGUUAGGAGAAGUAAGACAAGAAGAGACUGUCAGCAUCAGUGACACACAGAUCAGCAGUGCAGAAUUGCUCCAAGUAGUAGAAAUCCAUAAUCAUGACCCUUGUGCACAGUUGUUUAGCUUUUAUGACUACGCAGGCAAAGUCAGUGAAGAAAGUCUCAACAGCAUUCUUAAAGAUAGGCGGAAAAACGUCAUUGGUUGGUACCGGUUCCGAAGGAACACGCAGCAGCAGAUGUCGUUCAGGGAACAGAUCAUCCACAAACAGCUGACUCAGCUGCUUGGUGUGCCCGACCUCGUCUUCCUUCUUUUCAGCUUCAUCUCCACCGCCAACAGCUCCACGCACGCACUGGAGUAUGUGCUCUUCAGGCCUAACCGCAGUAGGUACAACCAGAGGAUCACCCUCACAAUCCCAAACCUUGGCAAUACAAGCCAGCAGGAAUACAAAGUCUCCUCAGUGCCCAACACCUCACUCAACUACGCUAAGGUCAUCAAAGAGCAUGGGGCUGAAUUCUUUGACAAAGAUGGUGUGAUGAAGGAUAUCCGCACAAUAUUCCAAGUCUACAGUGCACUACAAGAUAAAGUGCAGGCUGUGUGUGGGGAAGUAGAACAAAGUGAACGUGUGAAGGAAAAAAUUCAAGAGGACGUUAACAAACUCAAACAACAAAUUGCUCUCAGGAAACGCAAAACGGCAGAAGAAGAGAGGAGGCUCCGUGAGGCCCAGAAUGCAGAUUCCCAUUCCACUCCAGAGGAGAACACAGAACCUUCUGAGGCUUCACUUCUGUCCAGCAGGAUAACCUUCCACGCACCCUCUGCCCCGGAGCGGCCCAGUACCUCACCUAACCCACCAUCUUAUGCUGACCUCUUGACCCAGGAUGACUCUCUGCCCUCCUCUUCUUCGCCACCUACCAGUGCUGCUCUACUGCCCCGGCCCCAAGCUGUGGGCUCUCCAGGACACCCUACUCCUGGCCCACUGGGGAUAGGCCUGGGCCUUGGCCUCGGGCUGGGCCUUGGCCUUGGCGCCAGCUCCAAUCCUGUUACCACUCCCAGCACCCCAUACCUUGGCAAUGGUGACGGAUCAAGCUCUGACUCAUUAGAUAGACAAGCUGCAGGGCAGGAAGAUGACGAGGAUGACGACGACGACGACGAAGAAGAUGAAGACAGUAGCGAAUAUGAGAACUUAGUGAGCGAAGCCGCUCAUCUGCCAAUGGUCGCUGCCAGUGUUUUAACUCAAGGCCGACCAGCUGCCCUCAGUCCUGAUGGGGACGCUCGUGGCUCACAGACCACAUAGAAACAUGCCACAGGGUGUGGAAGGGACACACAUAAGUGACACACCUUGAGAGGUGGACAUCUCAAGCAAUCAAAGAUAGACAAUUAUAGACAAAAGAAGUGCCAGUCCUGAAAGUGAAAGGCAUGCGCAGGUGAUGUCCCGCUGUGUGUAUUUCUUGUCUUAGUCUGAUCUCCAUUUUAUGGGGAAACCUUGCUAGGCUUUGCAGGCUUAACAGGUGUGUCUCACGGGGGGGGAAAAGUCAUCUGUUUUCAUUUUUUUCUUUUUGGAAUGGGGUCAGUCUGGGUCCUUCAGUGUGUUGUCUGGUUUCAGGGUCGGAGGUGGGUAUGCCAACUGGUUGGCAAGCCGGCUCCCAAAAAGACAGGCCCUACUCCGCACUUUCUGUAUCUUUUUGUUUCACAUUUGCAUCGCAAACUCUGAGCACCCACUUUUGCAUUACCUCUUGCACUAUUUUUUUUUUUUGGCCAUCUUUUAAACAAACCACCUAAGAAAAGCAAAGGGAAAAUAUUCUGCGGCCUUCAAACAAUUUUUUAAAUGAAUUAGGCAAAUGGUUGUUAACUUUUUUUUUUAAUUUGAAGAAAGAAAUAUAUAUGUACACAUUUCUGUCAUCUGAUUUUGGACUUAUUACAUUUUAUUUUUCAUGUUUCAGUCUUUAAUCAUACAGUUGCCUAUUUAAAUGAUGAAGAAUAGAUUUCAAACAAAAUUUACUCUGCCACUUCAAUAAUGGGUGCUUUAUAUAUACAUAUAUAUAUAUAUAUAUAUAUUUUGUCAGAUUAACAGUUAAUCUAAUUUGAUUGACAAUGUCUAGUUCUUCUUGGAUAACACUGAAAUUGUAUGCGCUUUGCUGCACUUAACAAAACUUAAGAUUUCUUUAUUAUUGUGCUAUACCAAUGCUGUCAUGUUGUGCCACUUGAGUAGUCCUCUUUGACCACCCUGAGCCAAACUCAGCUCAGCUUUUGUGCGUUGUACGGGGUUCACAGGGCAAACAAGAUGUACUGUAGCUUUACUAACCAGAUGCUUAAAGUUCCCUCCUGCUGCUGCUGCAACACAGAGAGCUACCACUAAAAAACUGCAUCUGUCUGUUCUUCUUCAUUUAAAAACCUGGCUGCUACUUCCACUUCACAGUGCUGGUUGUCUAAUACUACUGACCUUAAUCAUAACCACUUCAAGCACACUUCUCACUGAUUUGUUCUCUAUUAAAGUCAUAACGGAAGGCUGACACCCCCUGUAGUGUUUGAAUUGUAACCUUGGGAACAGACAGGGAGCAACCACCUUCCUGUCUCAGCAUAGUUGACAGCAGACCUCAUGUAUUUUGGCCUGGUUGGGUCAAUGUUGUGUGUAUGGACCUGGAUAAUGUGAUGAAAACAUCAUGAACUUGCUUUAGUAUACAGUGCCUUCCACAGGGCAGGUUCUCUCUGCACACAGAACACAUUUACAGAUCUCUCUUGAGAGCUAAAAUUAUAACAAACUGUGUUGUGUUUGCAAUAAUUGACUUCCAGCUUUUUUUUUUAAUCAUGCAGUUAUAUGCCUCCCUCUUCUUUUCCUUUCUAUGGUGUUGUGUUUUGUUUACCUGAAACAAUCAUCACUACUUCCUGAAGUUAUUUUCCCUUUUUUAUUUUACUGACCGCUUCAAAUUGGACCUGGAUCUCAUGGUUGCAACUGUGACUUUGCUUGCUUUAUUAUUUGAAACUGGAACUAUAACUGUAAAGUCAGAGGGAAUCUGUUUAGUGACUGAAUGCCCUGCAAGGCAAAGUUGGUAGGAUGAGCAUAACUGACAAGCAGAUGACUUUUUUUUUAAACAUCUGGCACAUUUGAAAACAACUGAAAUGUGGAUUGAUUCGGUGCUGGAUGUAGGGCACCCUCCUUGCAUGAACUGGUCAGUUUUAGACAUUUGUUAUAUUCAGCAUGGGCAGAUGCUUGCACUUCACAUGGAGGGUGUCUAACAUCGUGAUCAGCAGGUUGCACGCAGUGUGGAUAUUAAGAUAUUUUGUGGUGGGAGAAGCUUUGCCUUGUGAACAAGCUCUGCUUUAUUUACACAGCCUGUUUGUACGUCAUGUUUUUUGCCUUAGGGUCAUUUGAUUUGCCCUGAUGUGUAAUGCCAAUGCAUCACUGAUCGGGAACUGGCACUCAAAAUGUUACUUAAUAAUCACCCAGAAUAACACAAUCACACAAUGUUAAAAAAAAUGACAGAAUCAGCUUGUUAGGAGUAUGGUUUCCUUUGAGUACUGGAAUACUGUAAGGAACUAAAUAAUGAAUGUAUAGUAGACAAGGGAGGGGGGGGGGGGGUAGCAUUUAAACAGCACUUACUGUAUAAGCUUGUCUCAGUUGAGUGUUGUGGUAUAGAGCAGCAAUUCUCAGUGUUGGUCCUCACUCUUAAUCCUGGUCCUCAGGCCCUAGAUGAUUGUUUUUUUAAGUCUUACUUUCUGGCUUUCCCAGGUGUAACCCUGACUUGAGGGCCAGAAUGAAAACCAGCAGGGUUAUGGCACUGAGGACCACUGGUAUAAAGUGUGAGAGGACUACCAUUGUUAGGAUCCUAUACCUUUCAAGCUCCAACAUAAUACAAAUAUGUACUCUUACUGUAUGGGGUGACCCUUCCCUUCCUUCCCCAUGUGGGCCAUUGCAACAUCAACACCUCCCUGAAGCACAAAGUCCAGUGCACAGCUUAGAUCUUCUUGGCUUUUAUCUGGAUUUGUGUACUUGACAAAAGUAGACAAAGGACUUGGUUGGAUGAGCACAGAGAAUAUGGUUCUUAAACUGGGGGAUAAUAAAUGAAACAUGCAU